AUGACCGUAAUAAAAAGUAAUGGUGAAAUUAUAUAUGGAAAAGGAGAAUUAAUCAACAAUGGUUCAUUAUUGUAUAAUAAAGAUGGAAUUUAUUCAGUAUCCAAUGUAUAUCAAAAUAACGACAACAAUGACACCCAAAUGUUUUCAAAUGAACAUACAUUUAGAUACUAUUUUGGCAAUUUUUAUAUUUCAAAAGAUGCUUUUGUUACGAUUGGUACAUCCAAUAUGAAAUUUAAAUUAACAGAAUGUAAAAAUACAAUUUUUACUGGUUUUUUAUGGGAUGAUUUAUAUUCACUUCAAUUAAUAAAUAAUGAAAAUAAUAAUGAUAAUAAUAAUCAAAUUUUAAAUGUUAAUCAAAAAUGUAAUUUAACAUCACUAUCAUCUUUUGAUAAUAUUUUAUUUACAACUAAAAUUGAAAAUAAAUGGAGUGAAGGUGAUAUGGUAUUUACUCAAAUGACUACAUCAAUAUUGAAUAAUAAUACUAGUCCAAUAACAUCAUUAUCAUUCAAAACAAAUAUAGUUCUAAGAGACGAAACUAGUUUUUGGAAUAUUAUAAAAAUAUCCAAUGAUCAAUUUACCCUACCCGUUUAUGCUUAUAAAGAUUUUAAUCCUGGUCAAGUAUAUCAAUUCGGUUUCAUUUCAAAAACAUCAAGCAUAAAUAAUCAUAAUACAAUUCCUAUUUUCACAAUAAUUUAA